AUGUUUCUAAGUUUUGCAGACAGUCAAAGCGACAGAGAACCUGACGCUCACCCAACUGCCAAGAAAAAUAAACCGGGUUCGCACCUUCUUUCAUCUAGCGAUGAAGCGGAAUCCUCACCGGCGCCUGUAACUCACAAGCCAAACAUUUUUGAAGAUGAGGAUGAGGAGGAGAACGAGGACGAGGAUGAGGAAGAGGAAAGAAAGCCCAGGGAAUCCGAAAGCGAUUCGGCUGAAGAACAAAAGCCGCACCCUCAAAAACUGACUGCCCACGAUGUUUUGGGUUCCUCUUCCAGCGAAGAGUCUGAACAGGAAGAGGAAGACGCUCCUGUCAAGGCACGGUCCUUAUCCGAAUCUUCAAGAGCUUCAAGCGAACAAUCAAUGCUUGGGUCUAGCAAACAGGUCCCUGGGGCUAACGAGCGAGAGGACAGCGAGACCGAGGACUUAGCUGCCGACCACGAGGUAACAGAAGAAGCGGGUGAGACACGGAUCGCUGUAGCCUUUCCUCUCAUUCGUGUGGACUUGGGCAGGGAAAUGCACUUGGUGAAAAUGCCUAACUUCCUCUCCGUCGAAACUCGCCCCUUUGACCCUGCUGUCUACGAGGAUGAGCUAGAUGAGGACGAAGUCCUUGACGAGGAAGGACGCACCCGUCUGAAGUUAAAAGUUGAAAACACAAUAAGAUGGCGUUUAGGCAAGAAUGAAGCUGGUGAGACAAUCCACGAGUCGAAUGCUCGCAUAGUCAGAUGGUCCGAUGGUUCGCUUUCACUUUACCUUGGCAACGAGAUCUUUGAUAUACACAAGAUGGACAUUCAAUCUGAUUUCAACCACCUGUUCAUCCGAGAGGGCAGCGGACUUCAGGGUCAAUCAGUCUUCAAGACGAAACUGACAUUUAGGCCCCACUCCACUGAGUCUUUCACACAUCGCAAGAUUACUCUUUCUUUAGCUGACAAAACCAACAAAUCCCAAAAGGUACUGUUUCCACCACCCCUCUCCUACUUUCCUCUACGUGAACCAUCAUGUCGCACUUUUGAAAGGAAUUUCUUUUUAAAAUGUUCAAAUUUCACAACUGGGAAAGCAACACAUCUGUUGUUCUGGUUUCCGUUCGUUUUUUUAUUGACUAUCAUUUGCACUCAACUUAUGUGA